CAGGAGUGCUGGUGUGCCCAGAGGCUUUGAAUCCUUUGGAGUUGGAGUUCCAGUAGUUGUGAGUACCAUGCUGUUGAAAAAGAAACGUAUUUUCCACAUCUGUUGGACGGACCACUCUGUAUCUAUUAAGUCAAUUUGAUCUAUGAUUUGGAAACACAUUGAGAAAUCAGCCUGGGCAACCUGCAGGGCACAAGGCACAGGAUUCUGCAUGGCCAUUUGGACUCCCGGGAGGUGAGGACUUGCUUUGAUUCACAGAGUCAGGAGAAAUGGCAAAGCGAACCUUUUCCUCCUUGGAGGCGUUCCUCAUUUUCCUUCUGGUAAUAAUGACGGCUAUCACAGUGGCCCUUCUCACCCUCUUGUUCGUCACCAGUGGGACCAUCGAAAACCACAAAGAUUCAGGGAAUCACUGGGUUUCAACCACCCAGGGCCCCACAACCACCCAGUCCUCUCCAACCACACAAACUCCAAUCACACAAACUCCGGACCUCACUCCCUCUCAGAACUUCAGUGGCUACUACAUUGGUGUUGGGCGAGCUGACUGCACCGGACAAGUGUCAGAUAUCAAUUUGAUGGGCUAUGGCAAAAAUGGCCAGAACGCACAGGGUCUCCUCACCAGGCUGUUCAGCCGCGCUUUUAUCUUGGUGGAUCCAGAUGGGUCAAAUCGAAUGGCAUUUGUGAGCGUGGAACUAAGCAUGAUUUCCCAACGACUCAGGUUGGAGGUCUUAAAGAGACUACAGAGUAAAUAUGGCUCUCUGUAUCGAAGAGACAACGUUAUCCUGAGUGCCACUCACACACACUCUGGCCCAGCAGGAUUUUUCCAAUAUACACUCUAUAUACUUGCCAGCGAGGGAUUCAGCAACCGGACCUUUCAGUACAUAGUCUCUGGGAUCAUGAAGAGCAUUGAUAUAGCACACACAAAUCUUAAACCGGGCAAAGUCCUUAUCAACAAAGGAAAUGUUGCUAAUGUGCAGAUCAACCGCAGUCCCUCCUCUUACCUUCAGAAUCCACCGUCGGAGAGAGCAAGGUAUUCUUCUAACACAGACAAGGAAAUGGUCGUCUUGAAACUGGUGGAUUUGAAUGGAGAAGACUUGGGCCUUAUCAGCUGGUUUGCCGUCCACCCCGUGAGCAUGAACAACAGUAACCACCUCGUCAACAGUGACAAUAUGGGCUACGCGGCUUACCUUUUCGAGCAAGAAAAGAACAGAGGCUAUCUGCCUGGACAGGGACCAUUCGUAGCAGGCUUUGCUUCAUCAAAUCUCGGAGACGUGUCGCCCAACAUUCUUGGCCCGCAUUGCGUCAACACAGGGGAGUCUUGUGACAACGACAAAAGCACCUGUCCCAAUGGUGGGCCUAGCAUGUGCAUGGCCAGUGGACCCGGACAAGAUAUGUUUGAGAGCACACACAUUAUAGGACGGAUCAUCUAUCAGAAAGCCAAGGAGCUGCAUGCCUCUGCCUCCCAGGAAGUGACCGGCCCAGUGCUCACAGCUCACCAGUGGGUGAACAUGACGGAUGUGAGCGUCCAACUCAAUGCCACACACACAGUGAAGACGUGUAAAGCUGCCCUGGGCUACAGUUUUGCCGCAGGCACAAUUGAUGGAGUUUCGGGCCUCAAUAUUACACAGGGAACAACAGAAGGGAAUCUAUUUUGGGACACUCUUCGGGACCAGCUCUUGGGAAAACCAUCUGAAGAAAUCAUAGAAUGCCAGAAACCUAAACCAAUCCUAAUCCACACGGGAGAGCUGACAAAACCUCAUCCUUGGCAACCAGAUAUUGUUGAUAUUCAGAUCGUUACUCUUGGUUCGUUGGCCAUAGCUGCUAUCCCUGGGGAAUUUACAACCAUGUCAGGUCGAAGACUUCGUGAGGCAGUUAAAAAUGAAUUUGCACUUUAUGGGAUGAAGGAUAUGACUGUUGUUAUCGCAGGGCUGAGCAAUGUUUAUACCCACUACAUUACCACAUAUGAAGAAUACCAGGCUCAACGGUAUGAGGCAGCAUCUACGAUUUAUGGACCACACACCCUGUCUGCGUACAUCCAGCUCUUCAGAGCCCUUGCUAAGGCAAUUGCUACGGACACAGUAGCCAACAUGAGCAGCGGUCCUGAGCCUCCAUUCUUCAAAAACCUGAUAGGUUCACUUAUUCCUAAUAUCGCGGAUAGAGCACCAAUAGGCAAACAAUUUGGGGAUGUCCUGCAGCCAGCAAAACCUGAAUACAGAGUGGGAGAAGUGGUUGAAGUUGUCUUUGUAGGCGCUAACCCAAAGAAUUCAGCAGAAAACCAGACCCAUGAAACCUUCCUCACUGUGGAGAAAUACGAGGACUCUGUAGCCAACUGGCAGAUAAUGCAUAACGAUGCCUCCUGGGAGACGAGGUUUUAUUGGCACAAGGGAAUAUUGGGUCUGAGCAAUGCAACAAUACAUUGGCAUAUUCCAGAUACUGCCCUCCCUGGAGUCUACAGAAUCCGAUAUUUUGGACACAAUCGGAAGCAGGAACUUCUAAAGCCUGCUGUCAUACUAGCAUUUGAAGGAAUUUCUUCCCCUUUUGAAAUUGUCACUACUUAGUGAAAAGUUGACAGAUCUUGAAGAACAGCUUUUCUCUGUGCACAUUAUAGAGUGAUUUCACACAAAUGUGAACUACCAGUUUAAUUUUUGUAAUUGUCUCUGUUUGAGGGACAGAUUGUUUAUUGUGAAUGGACAGAGGUAUGUGUUUGUGUUGUUGUGUGAUUAUGUGCAUGCAUGGUAACAGGGAGAGAGAUUGAGGGAGAGAGAG